CAGUUCACGGCCCUGCCGCCGCUGCUCGCUCGUCGCUGCAUCUCCCGCGGCGCGAGUGCACAACAGCUGAUCGCGGCCGUACCGCCAGUGCGCGCACACGAUAACAAUUCGCGCAGAGCAUUAGAGAGGAGCAGAGCGUCUAUCCGCGCGAUAGACCCAGCAACAUGGCCUUGUACAGCGUUGGCCGCGUCUUCGCCGACCUCUCGCAGGUGGGACGAUCUAUUACAAGGACGCUGGCGACCGGUAGGACUCUGCUCUCGUCUCAGCAGCAGCAGCAGCAGCAGCAGCAGAGUGGAGGAGACAAGUAUGUGGAAAUCGUGGAGACGCGCGGGGUGAGGCGAAUACAAUUGACUCACCAGAAGACGAGAAAUUCGCUGUCUUUGGAAAUGAUGAGCGCUAUUCUGCGGAGCCUCGUCACCGACUCCGAGAACUCGAAGCUUCGGUCGAUCCUCAUCACAGCAGCGCCCGGCAACAUAUUCUCGGCUGGUCACAAUCUCAAGGAACUGAGGUCGAGCGACGGAGAGGACCAUCACCGAUCGGUAUUCGAGAUGUGCGCCCAGCUGAUGAAGGCCAUAGACAAGAGUCCGGUACCGGUCAUCGCCGCCGUCGACGGUCUGGCCGCAGCUGCGGGAUGUCAGCUGGUCGCCGCCUGCGACAUCGUUGUGUGCACCGAGAGGAGCAGCUUUUCCACUCCAGGGGCUAACUUUGGCAUCUUCUGCUCGACCCCGGGAAUACCGCUCAUCCGCAACGUGCCUAGAAAAGUAGCGGCUCACAUGCUGUUCACCGGAUUACCGAUCUCCGCGCAGGAGGCUUACCUGGCCGGUCUCGUUAGCAAAGUGGUGCCAACUGAUAUGCUCGAGGAAGAAGUCAAGAAGAUAACCGAUGCCAUCAACGAGAAGAGUCGGUCUGUCGUCAGACUGGGAAAGAGGUUCAUACGGGAGCAGGUAGAGGUGGACGCUGACACGGCUUACUCGCUGGGAACCGAGAUCAUGGUUAACAAUUUAAAGUUGAAGGAUGCGCAGGAGGGCAUUAAAAGUUUCAGCGAGAAACGAAGACCGUCCUGGACUCACGGGUAUGAGAAGGAUUCGUGAUUGUUUUAUUCGUAUACUCAUCGAAGGCUUCUGGAAGGGAGAAUGCCAUUUUUGUAAAAAUGUACAUAGACGCGCUUUUCUUACUAUGUUGUCGUCAUUCGUUAGUUUGUUUAUGGCGAUUCCCAGAGUUUUUAUAUGCGAUGAUGUAGAGUUUUCACUCGCAACAUUUAUUUAGGUCGAGAUUAAUAAAGUCGACUAUAGUUUGAAAAGAAUAUUAUGUUUAUUGAUUGUUGUUCAUUAUAACACUAUUGUAAAAAGCUAAAAUAAAAUUUAUCACAGAAUAUA